GCUUUCCUCGCUCUUUCUCUUCCGGGCAUCUAUGCGCUGCUCACGCUACGGGCCGUCCAUCGUACAGUAGGAAACAUGGCGGCCGUCAGUAAGUACUUGACAGCGAAGAACUCCGCUGUAGCUGGCGGUGUCCUACUCGUUUUAUACCUCCUAAAACAAAGACGAAAGACCGCCAGGUUGAACAGGAAAGGGGGAUCUUCAGAGAAUCUAAACGGCGAGCAGAAAGAUGCCAAGAAAGAGAGAGCAGCUGUGGACAAGCUUUUCUUCAUCCGGAUCUGUCGAAUUAUCAAGAUCAUGGUGCCGAGACUCUUCUCUAAGGAGACAUGGUACCUGCUUUUGAUCGCUGUGAUGCUUGUGACCAGGACUUACUGCGACGUCUGGAUGAUUCAAAACGGAACUAUGAUCGAAAGUGCAAUUAUCGGUCGAUCCACAAAAGGUUUCAAGAAGUACUUGCUCAACUUUAUCACAGCCAUGCCAAUUAUCGCUCUGGUAAACAACUUCCUAAAGUUGGGCCUGAAUGAACUGAAGCUGUGUUUUCGUGUGAGACUAACCAAGCAUCUCUACGACGAGUACCUCAAGGGAUAUACGUACUACAAAAUGGGAAACUUGGAUAACCGCAUUGCAAACGCAGAUCAGCUGCUGACACAGGAUGUGGAAAGGUUCUGUAACAGCGUAGUGGAUCUUUACUCCAAUCUCAGCAAGCCCUUGUUGGAUAUCGGCUUGUACAUUUUCAAGCUGACAACAGCAAUCGGAGCUCAGGGUCCUGCAACAAUGAUGACCUACCUGCUCAUCUCCGGCCUUUUCCUGACACGUCUGAGACGGCCAAUCGGUAAGAUGACGGUAACGGAACAGAAGUACGAGGGAGAAUAUCGUUACGUCAACUCUCGCCUUAUAACAAACAGUGAAGAGAUUGCCUUUUACAAUGGAAACGUCAGGGAAAAGCAAACAAUUCACUCAACCUUCAAGAAGUUGGUCGAUCACCUGCACAGUUUCAUCUUUUUCCGUUUCUCAAUGGGUAUGGUGGACAGCAUCAUUGCCAAGUAUUUUGCGACUGUUGUUGGAUAUUUGGUUGUGAGUCGCCCUUUCCUCAAUUUGUCUCACCCUCGACACUUGAACAGCUCUCACGCUGAACUGCUAGAGGACUACUACCAGAGCGGUCGCAUGCUGCUGCGCAUGUCGCAGGCGUUGGGUAGAAUCGUCCUCGCAGGCAGAGAAAUGACGCGCCUUUCAGGGUUCACUGCUCGUAUCACUGAGCUUAUGAGGGUCCUGAAAGAGCUGAAUUCUGGGAAGUAUGAGCGCACCAUGGUGUCCCAGACAGAGAAAGACAUUACAGAAAAGCUCACAUUGGUCCCUGGUAGUGGAAGAAUUAUUAAUAUGGACAACAUCAUCAAGUUUGAACACACACCUCUGGCAACACCUAAUGGAGAUAUCUUGAUCAGAGACCUGAGUUUUGAGGUAAAAUCCGGUGCCAAUGUUUUGGUGUGUGGUCCCAAUGGAUGUGGAAAGAGUUCACUUUUCCGGGUCCUUGGGGAGUUGUGGCCUUUGUUUGGUGGAAGUUUGACAAAACCAGAAAGAGGAAAGCUCUUCUAUGUCCCUCAGAGGCCUUACAUGACUCUUGGCUCACUGAGGGAUCAGGUGAUCUACCCAGACACCCAUGAGGACCAGAAGAAAAAGGGAAUUUCUGACCAGGUGCUGAAGGAAUAUCUGGAUAAUGUCCAGUUAGGACACAUACUGGGGCGAGAGGGAUCCUGGGACAUUAUUCAGGACUGGAUGGAUGUUCUCAGUGGAGGAGAGAAGCAAAGAAUGGCGAUGGCCCGGCUUUUCUACCACAAGCCCCAGUUUGCCAUCCUGGAUGAGUGCACCAGUGCCGUGAGUGUCGAUGUGGAGGAUUACAUUUACAGUCACUGCAGAAAGGUUGGCAUCACCCUGUUCACGGUCUCUCACAGGAAGUCCCUUUGGAAACAUCAUGAGUACUACCUUCAUAUGGACGGCAGGGGAAACUAUGAAUUCAAACCCAUCACCUCUGAAACUGUGGAGUUUGGCUCUUAGAGAGGCGCGACACCACAACACACAGCCCGAGUAAAGGGUCCUAGCCAUUCACCUCUUAUGGAGAUGCAAGUCGACCUAAUCUAGGAGUUUGUUUUUAAUCAAUCGUAAAUUUAUCUUUUAUUGGAUAAAAAUGUGUUUAAAAAUUUGCUAACACUAGGUUUGUCCUCUGUGAUUGUAAAUAAUUUGUAAUUUAAGCCGGACAUCCGUUAGGUAUGCGUGGGGGCGUGUACCAAGAAAAUACCAAGUCUUGUGUUACCGCACUGUAUUGUUUGAUAAAUGAAAGGAUGAAGAAUCUGCCUGUAUAUGCUUACACAAAUCAAUGCCACUGGACUGAGCUUAGAGAUUUAAAAACAUAGUAAGAUUUGCCAUACUUCCAUACUUUAAGCUACUAAGUGACCUUAGUGCUCAUCGCAGCACGGUUCGUGUUGUCUGGAUGUGUGCGAGCUUUUUUGAUGAUGCACUUUUUUGUUCGUCCGCGAAGACCGGACGCGAGCGGUGAUUGAAAAUGAGGGACUCGUACGGUAAGCGUGAAGACUGUAUCUCUGCAGAACUGUUGUUGUUUGUAAGAGCUUUAGAAAUGUCACUGUUGUAACACUUCUUACAUAAUACAAAUCAAAUGUCACUUUACUGUUUUCAUUAAAAUAAGGAGACAUCAUGACUAAGA